CCAAAAAUAAACAAAUUUAACCUUCCAGAGUUCUUUAGAAGGUGAGCAACGCCCAAAAAAAUGUUGUGCUUAACUUUAAUCGCAAUAAUUGCAUCAAUCCUAAUCAUUUACUACAUAAACUCAUUAAAUUAUUGGAAAAAACGAAACGUAGCCUUCAUAAAAACUUUUCCAAUCCUGGGCGGAAUGAAAGAUGUGAUUUUAAAGAAAAAAAACUUAAGUGAGGUCAUUUUAGAAUAUUACAAAAAAUGCCCUGAGAAGAGAUAUUACGGAAGCUUCUUAUUCACAAAGCCUUGUUUAACUAUAAAAGACAUCGAUUUAAUCAAAAAAAUAACUGUAAAAGAUUUCGAUUAUUUUGUGGACCACAUUCGCUCCAUCAACACCGACGCUGAACCCCUUUUCGCGAAGAAUUUAGCUGCAUUAAGGGGCCAAAAAUGGAGAGAAAUGAGAAACACGUUAAGCCCGUUAUUCACGGGUAGUAAAAUUAGAAUUAUGUUCAAUUUAAUUUCCGAUUCGGCGAAACAACUCAACGAAUACUUUUCCGAUCAAUUCGAAAACGAUGAAAUUGUCGAGUUUGAAGCGAAAGAAGUCAUGUCGAGGAUCGCAACGGAUAUAAUCGCGACUACUUCUUUUGGGAUUGAAUGUAAUUCGUUAAAAGAAGACACCGAGUUUUAUAAAAUGGGUAAAUUAUUGGUUCAAAGUAAUUUGACAGCUUAUUUUAAAGCGAUGAUGCAGUCUAUAUCACCUAAAUUAUCGAGAAAACUCGGAAUUAGUCAAGUACCUAAAGAAAUAAGUAAUUUCUUUAGUGGGGUUAUUAAGGAGACCUUGAAAGAACGCGAAGAAAAAGGAAUUAUCCGCCAGGAUAUGAUUCAUAUUAUGAUGGAAGCAAAAGGAAAGAAACGCCCGGAAGAGAAUUUAAACAUCCCCGAAACCGGAUUUGCUGUUGUUAAAGACGAUGAUCACCAAAAGAAUGAUUCCAAUGAGAACGAAUCAACCCCAAUAACCGUCGAAGAUAUUAUAGCACAGGGUUUUGUGUUCUUUUUGGCCGGAUUCGAAAUCGUUUCAACAAUGAUGGCCUUUUUAUGUCACGAAUUAGCCCUUAACCAAGAUAUCCAAAAGAAAUUACAGCAAGAAAUCGAUGUAGCUUUUAAUAAAACAAAUGAGAAAUUAAAUUACGAAGAGAUGGUUCAUAUGAAAUAUCUUGAUAUGGUUAUUUCUGAAAUUUUAAGGAAAUGGCCUCUUGGAAUUAUGUUGAGCCGCGAAUGCGUUCGCGAUUAUAAAUUAAUAGGGAGCGAAAUUCACGGGGAAAAUGACAUUGUUAUUGAAAAAGGAGUAUCGAUUAUGAUUCCAGUUUAUGGAAUUCAUCGCGACCCUAAUUUUUAUCCAAAUCCCGAUCAUUUCGACCCCGAACGAUUUAAUGAUACAAAUAAACACAAUAUUAAUCCUUAUGCAUAUUUACCAUUUGGAAUUGGACCAAGAAGUUGCAUUGGAUCUAGAUUAGCUUUAUUAGAAGUUAAGGUGCUUAUUGUUUAUUUAUUGAGGAGAUUUGAGUUAGUUGUGAUUGAGAGAACUGAAAAACCGUUGAGGAUUAGUCCCAAAAAGCCCGGGUUGAGUCCAGAUAGUUUUUGGUUGGGGUUAAAACAAAGGAUACAUUUUUAAUGAAUUAAUUGAACAAUACAUGUAUUAUUAUACGUAAUUGUUGUAAAAUGGGUUAUUUUUAAAUAAAAUUAAAUUUGCAACUAA